AUGCGUAAUGUUUGUGUACGCAUUAAUCAAAUUGUCGAUACAUAUUAUCGAUAUCAGAACACCACUACAUUGGAUCUCGAACAACGUUGUAUUACUGAUCAAGAAGCACAACAUUUAGCUAACGUCCUACACGAUAAUAAAACACUUACUACACUGAACCUUAAAUCGAAUGGUAUCGGUGAUCAAGGACUACAAUAUUUAGCCGAUAUGUUACAAGAAAAUAAAACACUCGUCACACUAAAUCUCAAUUGGAAUUGCAUCAGAGAUGCAGGAGUAUGUUAUCUUGCCAAUGCUUUAGAAAAAAAUGAAACACUCAUCACAUUAGAUCUAAAAAAUAAUAAGAUUGGUCCAGAAGGUGCAAAACAUCUUGCUAGUGCUCUACAAAAUAAUAGAACACUUACUACACUCAACCUCUCCGACAACCGAAUCCGUUCACAAGGUGCACAGAGUUUUGCUAAUGCUCUCAAAACAAACAAAACACUUACCACACUGAACCUCGGGAACAAUGAGAUUCAUGAAGGAGUAGAGUAUCUUGCCGAUGCUCUACAAGAUAACGAUGUACUUACAACAUUAGAUCUCGGACAAAAUUAUAUUGGUUGUCUAGGACCACAAUAUCUAACAAAUGCUCUCGCGGAACAUAAAACAUUCAAUAUACUCAAUCUUUGCGACAACUGGAUCGAUUCACGAGGAGCACAAAGUCUUGUUAAUGCUCUCAAAAGCAACAAAGUAACGCUCUUCUCACAUAUUUUUUUACCCUAUCAUUUACUGAUUAUUUUACCUAGACACUCACCACAUUAA